CAAUCUAUCAACGGCAGUUGAGCUCUGCAAUCUUUGCUGUUUACACAGAGAUGUGGAGCAAAUCACUGUCUUCACUUACCCAUAGACCUUUCUCUUCUUCCUCCACAACUGAAAUCCCAACUCUUUACUCUUUCCUCCAACCUACUGUUUUUGCCUUAAAGCCAAACCAACAACCAAAACAAGCCCAAGACUCCACAAAUUCUCAAACAAAAACCCUAACCCAAGACCAAAAAACCACUCUAGAAACCACCCUUGAGAAAUCCCUUCUCGCCCAAAACACUGAUGAAGCCUGGAAGUCCUUCAAGGCCCUCACCACCAACUCCAUUUUUCCCAAUAAGCCGCUCACUAACUCCCUUAUUACCUACUUGUCUUCCUUGAAAGACACCCAUAAUCUCAAAAGGGCAUUUGCCUCUGUGGUUUUUGUCAUUGAAAAGAAUCCAAAGUCGCUAUCUUUUGAAACUGUGACUUCUGUUCUGCGUUCCAUGAAAAUUGCCAACACUGCAGCCCCUGCUUUUGCUCUUAUAAAAUGCAUGCUCAAAAACAGGUAUUUUAUGCCUUUUGGCUUGUGGGGUGAUAUGCUUGUUGAUAUUAGUAGGAAAAAUGGUAGCUUUGUUGCAUUCUUAAGGGUUUUCGAGGAAUGUUGUAGGAUAGCAAUUGAUGAAAAGCUGGAUUAUAUGAAACCUGAUUUGGCUGCUUGUAAUGCUGCACUAGAGUGUUGUUGUUAUGAACUUAAAUCAGUUUCUGAUGCUGAAAAAGUCGUGGAAACUAUGUCGGUUUUGGGGGUUCGGCCUGAUGAAUCGAGUUUUGGGUUUCUCUCUUAUUUGUAUGCAUUGAAAGGGCUUGAAGAGAAAAUAGAUGAGUUAAAAAAUUUGAUGCUUGAGUUUGGUUUGUCGAAUAAAAAGAUGGUUUAUAGUAGUUUGAUUGGAGGGUAUGCUAAGUCUGGCAAAAUAGACUUAGUUUCAGCAACCAUUUUGCGUAGUUUGAGAGAAGGUAAUGGGAAUGAUUUGGAUUUCAGUGAUGAAACUUAUUGUGAAGUGGUUAAAGGGUAUCUUCAAAAUGGGGUUAUAAAGAGUUUAGCUUGUUUGAUAAUGGAAGCUCAAAAGUUGCAGUCUUCCGUGGUUGAGGUUGACAAGUCUAUUGGAUAUGGCAUCAUUAGCGCUUGUAUUAAUCUUGGGUUAUCAGAUAAGGCACACAGCAUUCUUGACGAAAUGAAUGCUCAGGGAGGUUCUGUGGGGCUUGGAGUUUAUGUGCCCAUCUUAAAGGCUUACUGCAAGGAGCAUAGAACUGCUGAAGCUACUCAAUUAGUUAUGGAUAUUAGUAGUUUAGCACUUCAGCUGGAUGCAGAAAUGUAUGAUGCACUGAUAGAAGCAUCCAUGACAAGUCAGGAUUUUCAGUCGGCAUUUACAUUAUUUAGAGAUAUGAGAGAGGCAAGAAUACCUGAUCUGAAAGGGAGUUACCUUACUAUAAUGACUGGUCUGAUGGAGAAUCAACGACCUGAGUUGAUGGCUGCAUUUUUAGAUGAAGUUGUUGAAGACCCUCGCGUUGAAGUGAAAACUCAUGACUGGAACUCAAUUAUUCAUGCUUUCUGUAAAGCUGGGCGGUUGGAAGAUGCUAGGAGGACUUUCAGAAGGAUGACUUUCCUGCAGUUUGAGCCGAAUGAUCAAACAUAUUUGUCACUGAUUAAUGGGUAUGUGACUGCAGAGAAAUAUUUCAGUGUUUUGAUGCUAUGGAAUGAGGUUAAAUGGAAAAUUUCAGGUGAUGGAGAGAAAGGCAUCAAGUUUGACCACAACUUAGUUGAUGCAUUCCUAUACGCUCUUGUUAAAGGGGGUUUCUUUGAUGCAGUGAUGCAAGUUGUGGAGAAGUCUCAAGAGAUGAAAAUUUUUGUGGAUAAGUGGAGGUACAAGCAAGCAUUCAUGGAGAAGCAUAAGAAGCUUAAAGUGUCAAAGUUGAGGAGAAGGAGCUUCAGGAAAAUGGAGGCACUUAUUGCUUUCAAGAAUUGGGCUGGUCUGAAUGCUUAAAUAUCGGCAAUAGUCCUGAAAAAUAGAGGAACUUCAACUGUCAAAGAUUUUUACUUGUCUUGAGGUAUCAACACCAAGAACUUUGUGCUACUUUGGGUUCACUUGAAAUAUGGAGAUGUCUAGGAAAUUGAAAGCCUCUAGCCUUGUAUUUGACUACGUGAAUGCAUCAUUUCAUUGGUGAUUCCUAGUUGCCCUUGGCCUCUGCAUGUAAUAACAGGCCCACUGCAAUUCAGGUGGAUGUGCUGUGGUUGUUUUGAUUAAGAAGAGCUGGAAUCUGGUGCAAGUUCAAUGGUUGAUCAGAGGGGGUUAGUCAGGUUUUCUCGGCUGCUUGGUGCUCGCACUUGAGAGGAAAUAUUUCCUUGUCUGUUACACAUCUAUUAAAUACCAUUAACCAUUAGGUGAACUACAUAUCUAUCUUUAAGGAUUUGAAAGACCACUUUUUUGCCCAAUAGUGACAGAGGAUUUAGGAGCUCUGACUCUGCGUGUAAGCAGUUUGAAACAGUAUACAUCUUGUAAAAGGCAACUAAAAUUAAAUUUACAAGACAUGCUCCAUGAAUGGAAUGACAAA